AUGCCAACAUUCCGUUCGAAACCAACAACAAUUAAAGUAUUCGAAAUCCCACCAGUCGCAUGGCAGAGUCAUCUCACUUGCGCAUUGUUUGGGCAAUCAGAUGAGACGCAGGACCAUCGUAUCCAACUUCAUAAGAACACAACCGAACCUUCGAUAUCUCUCAACUACCCCCAAAUAGUACAAGGGCGGGAGGAAGACGCUCUCGUGAAGCAGGCUUUAGCAGUCUGCAAGGGGCACACCCUCUUGGCAAUCGAAAACCAGGUCCACUGCGGACAAAAGAUUCACUUCGAGGAUCUGAAGCGUGGUGAUGUUGUGGUGCUGUGCACUUCUCACGAUGUCUACGGACAAAGCGCAAGACGAUAUAUGUACUGGGGCAAGACGACUGUUGACUCUGAUGAGCGCCUUGUUUUCUUGACAUUGGUAACUUACGAGAAGGAGGGCAUAGAGGCAUCCCCCUACUGGUUUCUGAAACAUGUAAGCUACCGACUUCGAUCUGGGCCACGUCUAGCAUCCAAAGCCUUCGUCAGCUGGACACAAGCCGUUGUUAUAAAGCCCAAACAUGACUAUAUCGUCGGUGUCCGAGAGCGAUCCGAAGCGGAAAGCAAAGAUUUCAGAGCCUUUGUCAAGUUUAUGGAACAUUUACUGAACUCUCACGGUGGACUCGUCAGCUACCUUUCUACCCUCAACCACAAGGCCACGAGCUAUUCAGAUACGCAGGCAAGAGGCGAUGCUUACUGCAAGGUCAGGGAUACCUUGAAGACACUCAAAGGCAAGGGCUGCCCUGUAGAAUGCAGUGUCGACCGAGCUCUCCGAGAUGAGCUUGGCAAAUACCCCAAGAACAACAAGUGGUCGAAUGACUAUUUCCCAAUCAAGUCGCAGCACUCGCGAGGUUUCAAGCCCAACAAUGGACAGGCUGUGCGCUUUUGCGCAAACAAUCACAAGAUAGUUGGAAACUAG